UUCAUUUGGUUCUCCAAAUCACUCGAUCGAAACGAAGAUGGCGGAAGCAAAGUUCUCGCAAACUAGUCGCAAUAUACGAAGAUCUACGGAAAGUAAAUUCAAAAAGUUUGAAUCAAUCCGAGGAAAAAAGGUAGAUAUCGCCUUCUGGGAUAUAGUUGUGAUUACCGCUCUGGAUGAAAGCCAGAAAAACGCUUACGAAAUUCAACUGCAGUCCAAACUUGCCCGCGGGGAGCUUCCACUUGGAGUGAAAUAUCAUGUGUUCUAUGAUCCGCCUGGACCAAAGAUAGGUAACGGAGGCUCUUUCCUGGUCACUGUUGGUGACCUGUUAAAGAUUUAUGACAAGGAGGAGUUAGUGAACUCGAAAAUAAUCAUGUUUCCCGCUGGAGGCUACAGCCAAAGACUGCCCAACGCCAGCGUCCUGGGAAAAGCUUUCACCGCUCUUCCAUUUGGUGAUCCUCCCUUUCAAAUGGUAGAGCUCCAGCUGGCUUUGUUCAUUGAAUUUCCUGAACAGAUGAAUCCUGGUAUCUUUGUGGUGGCUUCAGAUAUCCUGGUGCUGUUCAACAGUGACGGAGAUUUGUCUUUCACAAAGCCAGGCUUCACAGCAUUGGCUCAUCCUUCUCCAAUUGUUAUUGGUACAACCCAUGGUGUCUUUGCACUCAGUGAUGGUCAAGCAUCUGAGAGUAGAUGCUCCAUUGCUCAAACAACAUGUAAGAAGUUCCUUCACAAACCAUCAGAAGAAACAAUGAGAAAACAUGAGAUUACUUUUCUUCAGAACGGUGAAGAACAUGUUUACACUGAUAGUGUAUUUUUCGUGGACUGGAAGACAGCCAAGAGUCUAUAUGAUUUUUCAGAUGAAAUCAAGCCAAUUGACUGUGAAAUUGAUGCCUAUGGUGACUUCCUUCAAGCUCUUGGAUCCGAGGCAUCUGCCGAUUACACUAAGAAUGUUGCCAAUGUCACAAAGGAAACUUCUUCAUUGGUAGAAAAAAGGAAGAAGAUAUUCAAUUUCUUGAAAGGAACACAGCUGAAUGUACUGUUGCUUAAUGAAUCCAGAUUCUAUCAUCUAGGCACUACUGCAGAAUAUAUUCAUUAUUUCUGUGAAAAUGAUGUUUUUCGGUUUGAAAGCCACUUUCUCUCAGAAGUCAUGGUAACAAGGAGUGGACUCAGUGAGGAGAAAAUCACCACUGAGCAAAGAUGUCUUAUACACUGUCACCAAACAAUGCCAUCCAAAGUGGGACAGCAAACAGUACUGGAGUACUGCGAUAUCCAAGAAGAGUCCUCUGUUGGCAACAACUGCAUUAUCAGCAAUGUAGUGAUUCCUGCUGGGGCAUGUAUUCCUGACAAUGCUUUCAUGACAACAGUCUGUGUUGAAGUUGGUGAUGUUGCAGGGUUGUAUGUAACCAUUGUGUUUGGUGUCAAAGACAAUGUAAAAAAGAUGACAAGAUCAGAAGACCUUGGGAAGCUGCAGUAUUUUGGUUGGCCUCUUGAUAAAGCAUUAUCAUUGUUAGACAUGAAGCAGGAUUCAGAUCUUGAGAUUGUGAGCUUGUGGCAAGUAAAGCUAUUUCCAGUGUUUGAAAGCUGUAGAGAAUCUACCUGUUAUGCAUUAAAUAUGUUGAAUGCUUUGAAGAAUGGAUCAAAAAUUAAGGAAGGAAACAGUGGAGCUGUGCAGAGAUACCUCUCGAUGAAGGAUGUUUUGGAUUUCAAGGAUAUCGAAGGAACAUUAAAGAUAAGGGAAAAUUUAAGGAAGAAGAUUUUAGGGACAUAAUACAAUAGACUGCCAAAUU